AUGAAGAUUUCUAUUGCAAUGGUUGUCAUCAGCGUUAUAUUCAUGAAAAGAGGAGGCGCAAAAGGAGACAAAGGGGACCGUGGUCAACCAGGGGCAAAAGGCGAACCAGGAAUUGCAGCCAUCGUCGAUUAUGAGAGGGUGAAUGCCACAAUAAAUCGUUUUGUCGAAGCCGCUGUGGCUGCGGAAUUCAAAUCAUUAGAAGAACGUUUAUUUGUACAAAUAUACGAAACCAGGAGCGCUGUAAAAGCAGAAUCCUGCACUGGAUUCAUUUAUACCGAAUAUUGUUACUGGGUCAAGAUACAUUCAAUUAGAGAUAUAAACUAUGCAGAAGCCAAGACAAUAUGCUCGAGAAAUUCGGGAAAACCAGCAGAUAUUGUCAAUUCUCGACAUUACCAACUUGUGAAUAACCACAUUCGAUUGAACAUGCCUUCCUCAGUGUCAUACGUUAACGCAUGGUUAUCUAUGACCAUAAAUCCAUCGUCAGAAGCGGUUCGGUUUUCUGGCGGGAAUUCAGCAAAUAAUGUGAAAUACCAUCCAGAUUACCCAAAGUCAAUAGGCUAA